CACAGCACACAGAGGGACGCAGCAAAGAGGAACCUGUUAGAGAACAACGGCAGAGACAACAGAAAGAAACUUUAAAGAAGGCCUAAAAGAGAAGCAGAAGAAGGAAAAAGAAGGGAAGAAGAGCUGGAACCAGGAGGGAGAAAAAGGUGCUGUGUGCUGUGUUUAAGUGAAACCAUCUAGGAAAUCUCAAACCAGUCUAUCCUUUAGACCACCAUCUUGGUCAGUACAAAGCUUCAUAAACAUCCAGCUGAAGCAGAGGCGUUCUGCCUUUUCAGUGAAGACAUAAAGACUUAUUCUACUAUAAACAAGUCAUCUCAGAGCACCAAACCUACGUUAAUAAACCACCUAAGUGAAGUAAACUAAAGCUCAAACCUACUGAAAACAUGGCACCAAAGAAGAGGGCCUCCCGUCAGAAGAAAGCUACGGUGGAGACCAGCCCUGUGGUCGCCAUGGAGACCGCUCCCAUCCAGCUGAAGGUGGAGAGCCGCGGUGAUGGUGUGGUGGUGGUGGAGACCGGGGUGAAGAAGAUCGAGCAGAUAGCAGCGCUGGACAUCGCCAAGCUGAACAGCCUCAACCUGCCUCUGCCGCCGCCCAUCAUCAAACCUGGAGAAAGAGGCCUGGGGUUGGGCAGCGAGCUGACACGACCUCUGCAUGGAAACGCCGUACUGGAAGAAUUCAGCAAGAUGAGACAGGAGAAGUUCCUGACUGAUCUGGAGUUGGCCUGUAAGACAAAAGCCUUCGACGUCCACAAGCUGGUCAUCUCCUCUGUCAGUCAAUACUUCAGAGAGAUUCUCGCCAAAGACCCCAGCAUGAAACGUCUGGAGCUCCCAUCACUCUCACCACUGGGUCUGGCCAACGUCAUCACCUUCGCCUACCUGGGCCGCGUCCACAUGUCCCUCUACACCAUCGGCUGCACUGCCUCUGCUGCCGCCACCCUGCAGAUCCCCCAGCUGCUGAAGAUGUGCAUGGACUUCCUGCUUGCUGAGCUGAAUGUGCAGACCUGCGUCUACAUCUGGAACAUUGCUGCAGCCUACGGCCUGCUGCCCGUCUGUGACGCCGCCCGCCGCUUUGUCCUGGAGAACUUUGUGCAAUUCGCAGACACCCCACUCUUCACCCAGCUGACCCUGGAGCAGAUCUCAGACUUCCUGCAGGACGACUCACUGCUGCUGCCGUCAGAGGUCACAGCCUUCCAGCUGGCCAUGCGGUGGCUUGACUUCGACGCCUCUCGCCAGGCUCAAGCCGCAGAGCUCCUGUCUCACAUCCGCUUUGAGACGAUCCCAGCCAGUGAGCUGGUGAGUCAGAUCCAGCCGGUGCCCCGCAUGAUGAUGGACCCUCAGUGUCACCGCCUGCUGGUGGACGCAAUGAACUACCACCUGCUGCCCUACCAGCAGAACACCCUGCAGUCCAGACGCACUCAGGUCCGAGCCAGCCAGCAGACCCUGCUCACCAUUGGGGGUCGACCUUCACUCACUGAGAGAGCGCUCAGCAGAGAGGUGCUGUGGAGGGAUCCUCGUGAAGGUGGAGCCACCUGGCGUCACCUCACCCAACUGCCAGCAAAGAGCUUCAACCAGUGUGUGGCUGUGAUGGACGGGUUCCUUUAUGUGGCUGGAGGAGAGGACCAGAACGACGCCCGCAACCAGGCCAAGCACGCUGUCAGCACCCUCAGCAGAUACGAUCCUCGUUUCAACACCUGGCUCCACCUGGCCAGCAUGCGUCAGCGCCGCACCCACUUCUCCCUGGCAGCCAGCGGCGGCCGUCUGUUUGCCAUCGGAGGCCGCAACGUGGAGGGUCUUCUGGCCACCACUGAGAGCUACCUGCCCUCCUCUAACACCUGGCAGAUGCGUGCUCCCAUGGAGGUUCCCCGCUGCUGCCACUCCAGCGCCACCCUGCCUUCUGGAGACAUCCUGGUGACUGGUGGCUACAUCAACUGCGCCUACUCCCGCUCUGUGGCGUGCUACAAGGUGGAGAGUGACACCUGGAUUGAGUGUGCCCCCAUGGAAACGCCCCGUGGCUGGCACUGCUCUGCCACCCUUGGAGGAAAGGUAUACAUCGUUGGAGGAAGCCAGCUGGGGCCAGGCGGAGAGAGGGUGGAUGUGGUCUCCGUGGAGGUGUUCUCUCCAGAGAGUGGUACAUGGAGCCGUGCCGCCCCUCUGCCCCUGGGUGUGAGCACCGCUGGUUUGUCCCCCCUGAAUGAAAAGCUUUACCUGCUGGGCGGCUGGAAUGAGGCCGAGAAGCGCUACAAAGCAGCCGUGCAGAAGUACGACCCGGCCACUGACAGCUGGUCCAUGGCGGAGGAUCUGCCCGAGCCCACGGUGGGAGUGUCUUGCUGCACCCUAACCCUGCCGCCUCGCCAUGCACCCCGUCGACAGCAGCACCGAAACACCCCCGCCCACGAGGAGCAGCAGCCGAAGAACCGCAGCAGAGAGAGCAGUGUGGCUCCUUCACAGACCAUCACAGCGUAGAGAAGCAAAGCAAGGAAGGAGGGUUUAACCUCUGGGGAACAUCUGGAUCAUGUCUGCUCCUUUAAAUAGUUAAACAUGAGAGGAUAAAUUCACCCACUUCAAACUUAUUUACUGUAAAUAACUUAUAAAUAACUUAAUAUUUAUGAUCAUUUUACACCUGAAAAAUAUCUAAAACCUCAAUGAAAGAGGGUUAAAUCUGACUAAACAGUUUAUUGCUUUGAAGAGUUCCACAAUCUAAAGGAAACUUUGGUCAUGAAUGGAUCUAGAAAGUGAGAAUAUGGUGUCCAAAUUUCUGUUCAACCUUAUUUUUGAGCACUCAAAUGGCAAAAUUAUGCAAUUAAAGAUGAUUUAAGGGCUGUUUGCCUGCAUUUUAAUGCUGUCAGUUGGGAAAGAAACAAUAAAAGAAGAGCUUAAGUGGUCCAAAGUGGUCUCAGGAGGUUUUAGGAUAAUGAAAACAGAUGGGGAAGGAUGGAAAAGGGCUGAAAUGAAGCAGGUGGAGGUAAAAAGGAUCAGUGUACUUCAUGGCCAACAGAUCAUAACAGAAAUCCAAAAUUAAUAAACAACAUGUUUCCCAGUUACUGUUUAAAAAAUAGGAAAACAAAACAUGAAAAAACAUGCUCUUGGCCAGUGGGUCAGUGUAUUUUCUGGUACUUCUGUUUCCUGGUUGAAACAACCACAAAAAUCAGGAGAAACUCUUUUAUUGUGUUUUUUAAAAUCUUUUUUUUAUAUACUUUUUAUAGAAGGUGGAAAAAAUGCAAAAAUGAGCCAUUUUCCUGUUUUUUUUAUUGUUUUGGUCACAAAAUUGGAAAACAAACUACAGAAUUUUUAAAAAGGGGUCCAAUUAUUUUUUAUUAUUUUUUUUUUUUACAGAUCUGUAUUUUAGUAAAAGACUUAGAAAAAAGAAAUCAUGUGACCCAAUCGUAACAAUGAACAUUGCAAUAUAAAAGCCUCCAUGUCAAAAUAGUUUUUCAUUUCUUGUUUUUUCAUUUCCCACAGGUUACCAAAGAUAUCCAAAGAAAAAUGUUUUAUUUAAUUGUAUUGUUUUUUUGUUUGUUUGUUUGUUCCGAUCAGAAAAGGAAGUUCAAAGAAUGGAACGGUGAUGUAAUUUUGUUUCUUGUAUAUAUAACCCACUGCAGGGCUUCUUAAAAAAAAAAAAAAGUUACAUCAUCAGUGUUCCACUUCUUUAAACCUGCUUUUGAUAACAACACAAAAGUGAUCAAAAUAAAAAAAAUUAACAGUUUUUAUUUUUGGAAAAGGCAAAAAGAGAAACAGAAAACAAAAAACUAGAAACAAAAAGCACAUCAUUUUCUGUUUUUAUUUGUAAUUUAAUACGAACUGCCUGAAAGUGCCAAGGCAGUUUUUUUCCAAGUUUUGUUUUCCUAAUUUUAAACAGCAGUUGUAAGAAGCUUGUUUCUUGAUUUUGGACUCAUCACCUCAAAUCAAAAAUCCGUUGGCUGUAAAGUACACUGAUCCAGAGAGGAUGUUUCUGUGAUGGAGCGGGCUGAACAAAAUUGUCACUGUGAACCCACCGGCAGUUUGUGUACAAAGAUGUAUCUAUGCAGUGUGUUUCAUGCAGCUGUACAAAAAGAGUGAAUUUGUGUGAAAGAGACGAGUAAAUGGAGCGUGAAUGAAGGGUGUGAAUGCUCUGAGAAUAUGAGUCAAAACUGUGAUAAUCAAACAUUUUCAUCUGCAGAUAUUUCUCAGAAGGUAAGAAACAGACCAGCAGUAAACAAACACGUUUAUUGUUAAUUUAUUUAACGUAUGUCAAGAGUAGAGUAGCUUUAUUGUAAAAAAAUGAUUUAAAAAAACUAUAUAGAUGUAGUACUGAAAUAUUUUAUAAGUGCAAUGGAGAGGAAGAUGUGAAAUGUAAAACAUGAUGUGAAAAAACGAGGAAGGAAAUGUGAACUAAACACAACACAGGUGAGACUGAAGAGCUACAGAGUCCCUGAGAGGACAUGCAGGCACACAAUUUAUUUAAUUUUCUUGGUAUAACGAGGACAUUUACGUUUAUUUAUGCUGUUAUCUUAAGAUAAAGGAGCUGGUCUUUCAGAGAUAAUUAGUCAAGAGGAAGACUUAUAUCUGCUUAUUGCCAAAGGAAAACCAUUGCUGUUAUCCCUGAAAUGGCUAAAAAGGUCAAGAAAAACAAGCUAAACUUCCUCAUUGACAAAGGAAAAGGUAAAACAAAACAUACGCAUGCAUGGCAUCUAAAAGCUGCUAUAAAAUGGAAAAAAACCAAGUGGUUCUUCUCAAUAAAACCAAAGCUAAUUUGUAAAUAUUGAGGAAAAAAUGAUAUAAAAAUGUGAAAAUAAAAACAUGAAAAAUACAGAAAAAAUCAAUGAUAAAAUAAUUGAAAAAAAUAAAAACACUAAGGCGAUGAAAUGAGUCUCACCUGUGUUUGUGUUUUUAAACAUUUGCCUCCAACAACCAUAUGAAUUUUUACUGAAACUAAGACAAACUACCAACUGAAGAGCCAGUGAGACUCCGGCAGGUGGAGGUAAAAUCUGCCAUCAGCUGUGGAGCGCGUUGAGUGAAGAAUCAAUGUAAUCGACCGUGAGAUGAAUGAGGACAAUCGGGCUUGUUUGAUUGGCUGAAUCCCCUCUGAAAAAGUCUCUGUCUUAGCGCUGGAUGAGCUCUGUGCUGCUGGUUUCUGUGGGGUUUCACUGAAUAAAGCCAAUGAUAUCAAAA